GUCGUUCCGUCACAAAGUCCGCAGCCAGUCGGAGUCCAGACAGUCAGUCAGUCAGUCAGUCUGUGUAUUGUUGGACACCGGAGAGCCGGGCUUGCAUUCCGCAGAAGUUGGCUGUCCCAUCAUCAUCGUCACUCAGAAACUUGUCUGCAAACUUUUGUGGAUUGUUUGAUUUAUAUGAGAGGAGGAGGAGGAUAAGAAGGUGAAGCUCCGGUAAUGGAGAAGCACAAAGUGCUGGAUCAGCUCCUGAUGGAGCUCCACCGCUUCCUGCUCAUCCUGGACAAAGAGAAGCUGAGCGGGAACGCGACUGUCCAAAAGGGCUUGCUCCACGAUCUCUUCCAGUCCUACAGAACCGCUAAUGGUGCUGAUGAGGAAUACAUCUACAUGAACAAGGUCAUUGUUAGUGGCAAGGACAAAGACGACAAAGAUGACAGAUCAAAUUCCCUGGUCAAUGGGAAAGCAGCAAAAUACGUCCCUGUCCCACAGAAGAGCCUUCCUGAACUGCCACCACCAAGAACAGGUAUGGUGUGUCGGGAGCCGUUCCCCUUACCUUCAGUUCCUGCUCUGUAUUCAGACAAUACAGAGAGUUACUAUGAGGAGGCUCAGCCCUAUGAGGAAACUUUGAAUGAUGAUGGGGAAGCAGUAAGCAGUUCAUAUGAGUCCUACGAUGAGGAGGAAGUGACCAGAGGGAAGUCGCCAUCAGCGCAGCACCAGUGGCCGUCUGCAGAGGCGUCCAUUGAGCUGAUGAAGGACUCGCGGAUCUGUGCUUUCCUGUGGAGGAAGAAGUGGCUGGGCCAGUGGGCCAAACAGCUCUGUGUUAUCAAAGAUCAUCGCCUGCUGUGCUAUAAGAGCUCCAAGGAACAGACACCUCUGCUGGAUGUGAGUCUGCUGGGCUGUACCGUGGUCUACAAGGAGAAGCAGCUGAAGAGAAAAGAGCACAAACUGAAGAUCAUUCCUGUGGGCGGGGAGGCCAUUGUGCUGGGCCUACAAAGCAAGGAGCAGACAGAACUGUGGCUCAGGGUGAUUCAUGAGAUCAGUCCAAAACCAGCUGAAAACUGUGAAUCCCAGCACUCUGUCUCAGACUCCCCGAGGCUCAUUUGUACGAAGGGAGAUCUGAGUGAAAGAUACUCAGUGGCUUCAGAGAGCGGCAGCAGCACUGACAGCCACGCUGAGAUUCCCGAAAUCAAAGAUGUGAAGAAAAAGUAUGGUGCAGGUUUGAAGUUCAGCAACCUCAUGAACAUUGGCAAGAAAAAACCAUCGUCGUUAGAGAGCCCAGAGAAAUGUGUGGACACCUCAGGCUACCUCAACGUGUUGGUGAACAGCCAGUGGCGGACCUGCUGGUGUCUAAUCAAGAACGGCCAGCUGUGGUUUUACCAGGACAAGGGCAAGAACAAAGUGAGCCAGCCGGCUGUGACUCUGGGAGGCUGCAGCGUCUUGCCCGACCCGAGCCCCGAGCACUUGUACUCCUUUAGGAUCGACAUGGACGGCACACAAAUGGCAACACUAGAGGCGAAGACGUCGGCUGACAUGGGACACUGGCUUGGCCUCCUGCUGUCACAGACGGGGACCAAGACCGACCCCGAGGAGCUGGCGUACGACUACGUCAAUGCUGAGAGGAUCUCCAGCAUCGUCAGUGCUGCCAAGACUUCCUUUUACUUGAUGCAGAGGAGAUAUUCAGAGUCAAACACCUACAUCGAAACCCCACCCUCCAUCUCUCACAACUCUGAUGAGCUAUAUGAUGACGUGGCAUCGUUAGCCGAUCCAGAGGAUGCAGAAGAGAGCGGCCUGCCUGACAGUGAGGACAACAACCUUCAGGAACAAAAUAAAAGCUGCUCACAGGAAAACAAGGACUCAGAGCAGGACACUGAAACAAGGGUUUACCUGGACCUGAUCCCUGUGCGCUCCUUCCUCCACACGUCCUGUGCAAAUAAACCUUCGCCUACCAAAGAAACGUCUGCACCUUCUCCGGUCACAGAAGAAGAACAAAAGGAGCAAUCAUCUCAACAUAAAGAGGUAACGUCUUCAGACAGUACUGAGCCAGAGUCAAUGCCAGAGUUAAAUGGAACAAGUUCAGCGACCAGCAAACCAGAACAAGAGCUCCCCCUGAUUCCAAAUCUCCCACAGCCACAAACUCAACCUGUCAGGAUCUCGUCCCAAAGUCAGGAGACCCCCAAAAGGACCCUGGGGAUCCCACAGGUCUUCAACUCCUCCUCCUCCUCCUCCUCUGGGAUGCAAAUCCAUAAUAAAACUCCAGUGGUUCAGACUGGUUCCGGGUUCCCUCAGAGUCCUCAACCACUUCGGCCCAAAUCACAUACUAUUGGGUGUACUGGUGCAUUCGAAGUCAAACUGGGCAAGAACCGCACUGAGGCAGACUUGCGCCGUUACAUCGAUGACCGUGACCGCCUGGAGAAAGAGAGGGAGGAGGUGAAGAGCAGUCUGGCCAACCUGAAGAAGCAAAGGAGGGAAACCAAAGACGAGCUCACCGCCUGCCAAGAUCCCAAGAAGCAGGCCUCAUUAGAAGCCUGUCUGAAGCAGAGAGAAGAGGCGUGUCGGGAGGCGGAGCAUCGUCGAGUAGAGGUGGAGCUACGGUUGAUGGAGGUUAAAGAAUGUUUGAAGAAGGUGGAGUCAGGGCCGUUCACACUGGGAACCACGCUGGACAGCAGCCUGCAGGACACGCCUACACCUAAAGCAGCAACCCUGCCUGCUUCUCAAACAUCAGCAGCAGCAGCAGCAUCAGCAGCAGCAGCAGCAGCAGCAGCAGCAUCACAUCCCCCAAACAGUCACAUCAGUGCAGACUCCACCUCCCCCGUCAACUCUGCAUCAGCGCUCAAGAACAGACCGGCCUCCAUCAUGGCCACCAAAGGCAAAGUCCUACAGAAAGCAAUGGAGUGGGAGAAGAAAACCACCACCUAGAGGAAACCCGAACGCCUUUUGACCUCUGAAGUCCACAAGUUUCUCUUUAGGUCUGGUUGACCUUCCACAAUUGCCGCGUUUAAGGACCAGUCAGUAAAAUUCUCUGACUUUCAUCACCUUAAUCAACUUCUUGCCCAGACUACAAACAGCCAAUCAGAGUGAAGCUCGAGCCGCCUUCUAAAAUAUUACUGGAUAAUCUUUGUUUCAAUGACUUUUCAACUUGUUUUCUGCAUUUGCUUAAGAGAGGAUGUUGAUGAAGUAGCAUUUUGGCCAGUUUGACAAUUCUUUCUGAUAAUGAAGCACAAAACGCCAAGUAUCUGAUAACCACUGAAGUUUAAGACACAAAACCACCCCUCGACAAAAUAGACCAAUUUGUGCACCAUAGAUUGUAGCUUGGUUUAUAUAUGCUGGUAGCCAAGAUGUAAAUAUAUUUCCACCAUUAUUCAGCCCGUUGGCUUGUAUUGCUAGCUAAACAUGCACUUUUUAUUCAAAUAAAAAUGUAAUGACAACAUAACAGGCUUGACGUUUGUUAAUGGAAGUCUCCUUUUGCCUUUAACCUGAAAUACUUUUGUCUGACUCGUGCAUUUGUAAAGCGUUCAGGAGUAGUAGUAACUAAGCAGAGGCCACUGGAGGCCUGCAGCAUUAAAAUUCAACAGGGUCAUUAAAGUUCAAUGAGUCACUACUUGCAAA